AGCAUCGUCAGUCUCAUUCCUCUGUUCCACUCUAUUCUAAUUCUAAUACCUCCAUCAACGAAUGGAAGUAGCCACCGCAUCAGCAUCGAGCUUCCUGCUCCAUACGGGCAUGUUAGCAGCACCACCACGGACCUCCCCACAAGCCAUAGUUGCAACUUCUUCGUCUCCUUUCAGAACCUCCCUAUCCACCAGUUUUCUUUCUCCGUUUUCCAAUGGUAGCAUCUCCGCUGACUUUUCCGGACUCAAGCUUCGACCCCAAUCGCUCAACCCGGAUUCCUUUAAACGUUCCAAGGCCAAGAGGCCUGUUGUUACCAUGGUUAUUCCUUUUACAAGGGGAAGUGCAUGGGAGCAACCUCCUCCAGACUUAGCAUCUUACUUGUACAAGAAUCGAAUUGUUUACUUGGGCAUGUCUCUUGUUCCUUCGGUUACAGAGCUGAUACUAGCUGAAUUUCUUUAUCUACAGUAUGAAGAUGCUGAUAAGCCUAUUUACUUAUACAUAAAUUCUACUGGAACAACCAAGGGUGGCGAGAAGCUGGGAUAUGAAACUGAGGCUUUUGCAAUAUAUGAUGUUAUGAGUUAUGUGAAGCCACCUAUUUUUACUCUUUGUGUGGGUAAUGCUUGGGGUGAAGCAGCUCUACUUUUGGCUGCUGGUGCUACAGGAAAUCGCUCAGCCUUGCCUUCAUCAACAAUCAUGAUAAAGCAGCCAAUUGCAAGGUUUCAAGGACAAGCAACUGAUGUGGACCUUGCAAGGAAAGAAAUAAAGAAUGUGAAAGCAGAGUUGGUUAAACUUUAUGCAAAGCAUACUGGAAAAACACCUGAGCAGAUUGAAGCUGACAUCAGGCGCCCAAAAUACUUUAGUCCCAGUGAGGCAGUUGAAUAUGGCAUCAUAGAUAAGGUACUGUACAACGAGAGAAGUCCUGAAGACCACGGAGUUGUUUCUGACUUGAAAAAGGCACAACUGAUUUAAAUCUAGGAAACGGCAUUUGAUCAUUCCUCAGCUUAUUCAGUUCUUGAUUAACAAUCAGUGCCCCCUAUUGCACUGCUGAUGUGUCAGGAAGAAUGCUAAACUUCUUCGUCAACUUCUUUAUGGCACUUGAUUACUUAUUGAGAAAGUUGUUGAAUGACACCGAUGGCACUGAGGUUGUAGUCAGAUGUUAGUGACCUGGGACCACAAUAUUUUAUUAGUCUAACUUGUCUUUAUUACAGAUUGUUUUGGAAAGGUUUGACUCCCAUGAGAGAGGAGCCUCUCUUGCUCUUUAGGUUGUUUGUAACCACAAAGCUUACUAAUAGCAUGGUACUACAGUUCCAUUUGAAGUGUGAACAGAGUGAUCAAACAAAAUGCUUCUGCUAAGUGAGAUGAUAAAAGCCAUAACCUAUGCCUUGAUUUGUAAAUGCUGUGAUUGUUAUCUGAAAGAAAUCUAGAGGAUUGAAUUAUGUGGACAUGUAUGUUUUAUCCAACAUUAUUGCACUCUUCGCUUUUUUA